CAAGGAUAUUUAUGCCUCAUUGCACUGUUAUAGUCACCAUUUGCUCCUCGUGGGACUGAAGUUGAAGAAGCAUGUCGUGCGGUGUGGUAAAGUCCUUUCUGCUGAGCUUGUCUCGGAGGAAGCCCAUCGAACCUGACGGGGAGCAGUCCACCUUUAACAGAUGCUUGACCACUCUGGACCUGGUGGCCCUUGGUGUGGGCAGCACCUUGGGGGCUGGAGUCUAUGUCCUCUCUGGAGAGGUGGCCAGAGACACAGCUGGUCCCAGCAUCAUAAUUUCAUUCUUCAUCGCAGCCUUGGCUUCUAUAUUUGCUGGACUGUGCUAUGCAGAGUUUGGAUCCCGGGUUCCUAAAACAGGCUCAGCUUACCUUUACAGCUAUGUGACUGUUGGAGAGCUGCUGGCAUUUAUCACCGGAUGGAAUCUGCUCCUCUCCUAUGUCAUAGGAACAUCCAGUGUAGCUCUGGCUUGGAGUGGGACUUUUGAUGAUCUUAUUGGCGGUGUCAUAUCAAAGUAUUUUAAAGAAAAUGCAUCCAUAAACGUCCCCGGCCUGGCACCUUACCCAGAUGUUUUUGCUGCGGCUCUGAUUUUGAUCCUCUCAGGUGUGCUGGCAUUUGGAGUGAAAGAGUCAACAACGAUCAACAAGAUCUUCACAGCAAUCAACAUCCUGGUUCUGCUGUUUGUUACCAUCGCUGGAUUCAUCAAAGGCGAUAUCUCCAACUGGCAGAUCAGUGAGGAAGCACUGAUAAAUGCCACAGCAGAAGCCAAUAACUUGACUUCAACCGCCAAUGUAACAAGUGCUUAUGGAGUGGGAGGAUUUUUCCCAUAUGGCUUGACUGGGACACUGGCCGGAGCUGCAACAUGCUUCUAUGCUUUUGUUGGAUUUGACUGCAUUGCUACAACAGGUGAGGAAGUGAAGAACCCCCAGAAAUCUGUCCCUAUUGGUAUUGUGGCCUCACUUCUGAUUUGUUUCCUGGCCUAUUUUGCGGUUUCUGCUGCUCUCACCCUGAUGAUGCCUUACUACAUGCUCGAUGAAAAGAGCCCCCUCCCAGCGGCCUUUGAACAUGUCGGCUGGGGUCCUGCCAAAUAUGCAGUGGCUGUGGGAUCACUGUGUGCUCUGUCCACUAGCCUGCUGGGCUCUAUGUUUCCGAUGCCUCGGGUACUGUUCGCCAUGGCGAGAGACGGACUGCUUUUCAAGCCUUUGACCAAAGUCACCGCUAAGGGCAGUCCUGCUGUGGCCACCAUAGCAUCAGGAAUUGUUGCAGCCAUCAUGUCUGUCCUCUUUGAUUUGGAAGCCCUGGUGGAAAUGAUGUCCAUUGGUACACUAUUUGCUUACACACUUGUGGCAAUAUGCAUCCUUAUACUGAGGUACCAGGUGGGGUCAUCUGAAGACACAGACCUGCAGAUGAGUGAAUCAAACUCCAAGUUUGGCUUCUUGAAGCCGCCAUCAUCUCCGACCUCUGCCACUGCACGAAGAGUCACGAUCCUGACUAUAAUCUCUGUUUUAUGUGUGGUUGCACUGUGCCUCACCCUGACCCAGGGCAUAGAUGCUCUGUCUCGAGUAGAGCCAUGGAGUGUGGCUCUUGUCUGCAUCUUUGCCUUCAUCCUGCUGCUCAUGCUUUUCUUUAUCUGGAGGCACCCACAAAAUCCUACUAAGGCAUCUUUUAUGGUCCCCUUACUCCCUGCCCUGCCUUUAGUGAGUACACUCAUUAAUGUCUACCUGAUGGUGCAGUUAGGCUCAGACACAUGGCUGCGAUAUGCCAUCUGGAUGUUAGUGGGAUUAAUCAUUUAUUUUGGUUAUGGAAUCCGUAACAGCCUUCAGAGGAAGCGUCUCAUUGGAAAUCAGAUAAAUAUUGAAACAAUCAGUGAAAAAACAGACAAGGAUAUCAUUAAAGAAGAGAAAUUCUGAGUUCAGCUUGAGUAAAUGCUGAUAAACUGAGAUGUUACAUUGAGUCACUGUUUUAAAUAUGUACAAGCAUCAGUGCUGAUCUGUUUCCCCAGCACUCAAUGUCUGAGUGACAGGGGGUCGAGUGUGGAGUGCAAAAGCACAGAUAAAUGGCCUACCUUGUUGUUUUGAUGUGAUACUUUAAUCAUAUCUUGAUGGACUUUGUUGUUUAUCUACAGCUUGUUAUUCAUGAGGUGGAAAGAUUAAAAAAACUACCUGACACAUCUCUGCACAUUUAAAAUGUUCAACAGCAGGGAAUGAUGAUGUUUCCUAUAUUAUUUUUUUUUAAAUAACCCAAACAAAUUAAUUGUUUAUUUUCCCAUAAUUUUUUUAAUAUAUUUAAUAUGUUGCCAGUGUCUGUGUGAGCACAGCCUGCCAGCCUUUAACAUAAAGUAGUUAUACAUAGCUGGUUUUUACAAAAAAAAAAGUACAUUUUUUUCAGUGUAUAUAACUCUGAUUAUUAUAAAUGACCCAAGUUUUGUUUUGGCUUUUUCCUUGUUGUUAACAUAUUAAUAUAUAGUAUCAGACAAAAGUGCAAUGUAGAUACAGAAAGUCUUUGUGAUAUGACAUGUUUUCAUCUUAUUUAAAGUUCACUGUAUUAAUUUUGUCGUGUUUCUGGGUGUAAAUAUGGAUAUUGUAC